CGCAGGUUUUUUUUCGAUCAUAUAUGGGUGCUCUAUAUGUUGCCUGAUAGAUUUAGGAGCUAUUGUACAUUUACGGCAACAUGAUAAUAACACACCGUGUUCGAUCCGUAGCUCACUAUAAUCAUAUAAAACAAAUGCGAUGGAACUAAAGCUCUGUUUAUCGCGGAGAAAGGCAGAUUUUACUAUUUAGGAAAGGCAUCUGUUAGGUCGUCAAAUUAAAACUGCAAGGACCCGGGCGGAAGUUGCGUUUCAUUUUUGGAUGCACAUGUGUUUUUACAGAGCAACAUGGAUGAUCAUAUGGAGUUAGUAGCUGGGUGUUAUGAACAAAUUCUUUUUGGUUAUCGGGUACAGCGAGAUGGGGAGCAUUGGGUGGCUACAGCAGAUUUUACAAAUCAUGCCCACACUGCCUCUUUGUCUGUAGUUGCUGUAAAUAACAGAUUUGUGGCUACUGGAAGCAAAGAUGAAUCCAUUCAAAUUUAUGACAUGAAGAAGAAGGUAGAGCAUGGCGUCUUGCUGCACCACAAUGGGACCAUAACUUGUAUGGAGUUUCAUGGUAACACACACUUGCUCAGUGGAGCAGAAGAUGGGUUGAUUUGUGUAUGGAAUACCAAAAAGUGGGAAUGUCAACAUUCCUUCAAAGCACACAAGGGACAGGUCUCAUCUCUUUCAAUACACCCUUCUGGAAAGAUAGCUUUGUCCGUGGGGACAGACAGAACAUUAAGGACAUGGAAUCUUGUUGAAGGUCGAUCAGCUUUUAUUAAAAAUAUCAAACAAAAUGCACAUAUAGUCCAGUGGUCUCCAAAUGGAGAGAAAUAUAUAAUUAUAAUACAUAAUAAGGUGGAUGUGUACAAACUUGAGACCGCAUCAGUUAUUGGCACCAUAAAUAAUCCAAAAAGGAUUUCAUCAGUACGCUUCAUUACAGAUUCUCUCUUAGCUGUGGCCGGGGACGAGGAAGCAAUCAGAUUGUAUGACAUUGACUCACAGAACUGCCUAUGUGAGUUUAAAGCUCAUGAAAACAGAGUGAAAAGUCUGCACAGUUUUGAACAUGAAGGAUCGCAUAUUCUUGUAUCUUCAUCAAGUGACGGUUACAUUAAGAUGUGGAAAAUUGAUAUUGCGCAGCUUGAGACUCCUCCAGCCUUGCUAUGUGAAGUCAGCACAUCAGCCAGACUUACGUGUCUUUCGGUUUGGCUUCCAGCUGUGGUGAAAAGCAAAGAGCAAGCCCCUGCAGAUACUGCAGCUGCAAACAUAACUGAGAUUUCAAAAAAGAGAACAAGCUGUCAAAAUGAGAAAACGAAAAGAGAGGAAACGGAUGAACCAGAAACACAAGUGGAACAAAAGAGAAGGAAACUGGCCAGCAAACAAGGGAAGAAGAAAAAAAAGAAGCUGGAAAACAAAGACUGAGUUCACAAAUCAUUUAUUUGUGAACUAUAUAAUUUUUGUGAAAGAACAUAAAUGAAAACCUGAUAUUUUUGGGUAUAAAGAUUGGUAAAUUUAUUUUUACUUAUUACUUUUGUGAAAAUAGUAUAGAUAGGUAAUAUUUAUCAGUGCUAUGUGUUAUUACCAACACAAUUCAACAUAUAUCAGAGAAAACUCUUAAAUUAAUUGGUUAAACACAGUGAAUAUAAAAAAAAAACUAAAUUCAAGCUCUAAGAAAUUGGAAAAUUGUAAUUUUUACAAUGCCCCUUUAACAGAAAGUUAAAGUGAUGGUAAACCUUCCCCUUUGUAUAAAAAGAUCCGGAAUGUUAGCGAUAAUUUAAAUGGAGUUUAAUUAGUCAGUUGUAAUGAAGAUGCGCUAUAACCUACUUUUUAAUGUAGCACUGAAUUUCAAAUACCUCGUGCUCCGGCCGCUCUCUUCAAAAGUAAUUUAUUUUGUGAGCCAAUGGUUUGAACUGUUCUCCAAUUGGUGCUUUUAGCUUAAAAAAAAUAAUUGUAAGAGUGCCUGAUGGUUUUCCGGAUCUGCUUAUAAAAAGGAGAAAGUUUACCAUCAUUUGAAGUCUACCAGAGGUCUGAACUCAAGCGUUUUUACUUAUUGGAAUCUCAAAUCUUUCUAUGCUUCUGUACAGUGAAUUAAAUAAAAAAAAGUUAAAACA